UUAUGCGUUUUUCCUUUCUAUAAUACUAAAUGAGGAUACCUGUUUUUGUGUGUCAAUUCAGCAGUUUUUUUAUACAAUUUUCAUGAGGUCUUUUCCUAUGUAGUCUAAGUACACCUCGUAUCUUCGAAGUUCAUUAGUUAAAAUAUGAAAAUGAUAUCAUUCUCUUUGAAAAUUGGAAUGUUCCUUGGAAUCAUAGUGGUGUUGGCGAAUUCAAUAAGUGUUCAAAGUAAAAGAGACCACUUCAUUAGAAGUCCUGUAGACUGUGGAGACAUUGAUAUCAAACACGGAAGUGGUAUAUAUAAGAUCUUCCCCCAGGGUUCAUUAGAUGGUUUUUAUGUAUAUUGCGAUAUGGACACAGAAGAUUUAAAAGGAGGGUGGACGGUUUUUCAACGUCGAAUAAAUGGUGAGGUUGAUUUUUAUAGAGAAUGGGCUGAUUAUAAAGAAGGAUUUGGGACAGUUAAAGGAGAAUUUUGGCUUGGCAACGACAAACUACAUAUCCUAACAUCGCAAGGGAAUUAUGAACUGUUGAUAUCAAUGAAAGACUUUGAAAAUCAUAAUGGAUAUGCAAAAUAUAAGAACUUCAAAGUUGGGGAUGAAGCUUCAAAAUAUAAGUUGACCUUCUCGAGCUUUACUGGAAAUGUUGGUGACUCUCUUGCCCAUCAUAAUGGUAAGAUGUUUAGUUCUAAAGAUCAGGAUAAUGAUAACCAUGAAUCCAACUGUGCCACUAUGUUUAAAGGAGCCUGGUGGUACAACAAAUGCCACAAUUCUAACUUGAAUGGACGAUACCUUAAAGGAGCACACACUUCCCAUGCUGACGGGAUAGAAUGGGAAACUUGGAAAGGUUCAUAUUACUCAUUGAAGACAACCACAAUGAUGAUGCGAAGGGUGAAAUAAAACAAAACUAGGUGCUUGGUGUUGUUCGAUUUGAACUGUGUACAGCAUACUGAAAACUAAUAAACUUGAAACUCUGAAUAUGGAGGUCUACUUUAAAAAGUCGCAAUACUUGAUUCCUGAAAUACAAUGUAUCAUAAUUUUGUUUAAAUAUACACAAUUAAUAAAACGAUUCCUUUAAAAUAACUGUUGUCAGAAUUUAAAAUCUGAAACGAACACAAAAACACACACGACCAGUAUC